AUGGAUCCCAACGCGACCGGUUUCUCUAUGUUGCAACAGCAACAGCAACACUUUCCGGUUACCUCUCAGAGUCCACAGCAGUUUCCUUACUAUCCGAACGCGAUCCCUUCUUACCCCCAGCAAAAGGCUCCUUCCCAUCUUCCACAACAGCAUUCCUUUGGGGCCAUGCCGAUGCAGGCAGGCGCUCCCGGUGGAGCUAUGAUGCCGGCGGGUUUCCCCCAACACUCUGGGUGGCUCUCUAUAUUGGCUUUGUUUCUUUAUUCCGGGCUCCCCUCGACCCUCUGUGCCCCCUUAGACAAUGGUAUGGAUCGUUAG